CGUUUUUCGCGGCUGCAAACGAAAGUUGUAUGUCUAUUUUGAGGCGGUUUAUAGUCUGCCUUUUGCUUGCAGGCUGAUAUACUAUCAGUCUUCAGAUAUUUGCGAAGGAGGAGAUUAAUUGGAUAAUUUUAUGUACAAAACGUUUUCCUUUAUCUAUUUGUUUCUACGGUUAAUUUUUACCUCGAGGUUAGGGUUAUUGUUUUUAGUAUUUGUGUUUGUCUUGUGAUGAAAAGCAGGGUUCAUGAGAAUGGGUGAAGUGGUGUUAAGCUGUGAAGAGGCAAUGGAAAUGGAGUUGGAGGCAGGAAAGAAUGAGACUAAGAAGGAUUGCUCUUCAGAGGUGGUUAGGUGGGAAAGAUUUCUGCCGAGGAUGGUUCUUAGAGUUUUAUUGGUAGAAGCAGAUGAUUCUACACGUCAUAUUAUCUCUGCUCUUCUUAGAAGAUGCAGUUACAGAGUUACUGCUGUUCCUGAUGGGUUAAUGGCAUGGGAGACUUUGAAGCGCCAGCCCCAGAACAUAGACCUUGUACUAACAGAGGUGGAGCUGCCAUCAAUAUCUGGAUUUGCACUUCUUACUUUAGUCAUGGAGCAUGAUAUUUGCAAGAAAAUUCCUGUAAUAAUGAUGUCAUCACAUGAUUCCAUUAGCAUGGUUCUAAAGUGCAUGUUAAAAGGUGCAGCUGACUUUCUCAUUAAGCCUCUUAGGAGAAAUGAACUGAGGAACUUGUGGCAGCAUGUCUGGAGAAGGCACAGUCUACUUGGUGGGCAUGUUCCUCGAGAAUUACCUGUUAUACAGCAUAAAGCUGAAGCAACUUCUGAAAUCAGUGCAUCAAGCAAUCGUUCUAGUGAUACAAAACAGAAAAGCAAGGAAGGCAGUGAGAAAGGAAGUGUUGCACAAGGUCUGUCCAAUCUGAAUGGUAGGAUCACCUCUGACUUGAACAAUGAAGAAACAGGACAACUUGAUGAGUGUAUCAAACUUGAAAAACUAUUAGAUAUGCUUGAGAGUAAUGCUGGAGCACUAUCUACCGAGAUGAUUGUUUCGGAGAAGUUUGCAUCUGGAUCAGAGUUUGCACCUUGCAGUGGUGGUUGUACUUCCCCUCCUUUGAGAAUGGAAGGAAAGUAUUUUUGUGUUAAACCAAUGUCCCAUGGUGAAGGUUUGAGACUUGAAAAUGAUCAAGAAAAUGCAUAUACUAGUGGGAUUCAUGGAGGCAACAAUGAACUGAUUGAACAAACUAGAGGAGCUAUUGACUUGAUUGGCACAUUUGAUAAUCACCCAAAUUCUAUCAGUAGACAAUCAACUUUCAAUGACGGCAUGAACAAAUUUGAAUUUGCUCCACCAUUGGAACUAUCUUUGAGAAAAAUCUUUCCAAAUUGUUCAAAAGACCCAGGUACUGAUGAGAGGCAAGCCCUUAAUCACUCUACUGCCUCAGCCUUCUCAUGGUACAAUAAUAGAAAGACAUUCCCAAAUUCGGAUAGUAAUUUUCCUAAAUCGAGGGAUAACACAUAUAAAUCCCAAGAAGUUUUGUCUAGUCAGCUAUCUGAAAAUGCUACUGGUACCUCUCAACUACACGGUGCUACAUCUAGUAAUAGUCAAGAAAAUAUGACAUCUCUGGGCAUUGGUCAAUCGGGGCAGUCAGAAGUAACAUUUGCGAGACCCCAACUUGGGUUUAUUCCUAUCUCAGGUGUGAGGUUUGAUAAUAUUGGUGCUGGAUAUACUCAUGUAUUCCCACCAAUAUUCUAUUCUCAAUCAGGCUUAACCCCUGCAUGGAGUCCCAAAUCACCCUGCCAGCGGGAACAGUCUCCCUUCCCUUCAUGUACCUCUGUUCAUUCCAGCCCUGAUGUUCAUGAGUCAGAAGGUCAUCGGCAGUCUGAUGAAACUAUCAACAAUUCUGUUUACCAAACUUUAUGUGAGCAGGACAGUGUGGAGCCUUUGGUGGAGCUACGAUGUAGUUCCGCUGCUGCUGGAAAGAGCACUUGCAGUGGUUUAUGUAAUGGUGUUGGAAAUAUUAAUGAUGUUGGCACUUAUGGUGGUUUUCCCAAUAGAAUGGAUCAAAAUGCUACUUUAUCAGAGCCGUUUAAGAAGGGAACAGCUCCACAGAGUGUGAAUGGAUCUCUCUUCAAUCAUGAUGGAUUCAGAAAUACGGAUUCUCACCGCUCCAGCCAAAGGGAAGCCGCUCUCACAAAAUUUCGGUUAAAGCGGAAGGACAGAUGCUUUGCAAAAAAGGUUCGAUAUCAAAGCAGGAAGAGUUUGGCAGAGCAACGACCCCGAGUGAAAGGACAGUUUGUUCGCCAAGUACGAAAUGAGACCUCAGCCACAGUUGCUACUGCUGAUGGUUCUUGAGUCUUACUAAUAAUGCUUUAUUUGUGCCUUCUCAACCUGGUUUACGCUUUCCUCCGUGUGUUGGCAUCUCUAGCAUGAUUGCUUUUUUCAUAGGACGGGUAGAUUAUGCGAAUACUUCAAAAAUGCUUCCAAAUUUCGUGGGCGUUGAUCAAGACUUAACGAUUAUAUUUUUUACAUCUGCUGGAUGUAAAAAAGAUAGGUAGCUUCGUAAUUAUCUAGUAAUUUUGUCUUGAGUUAAUUUUUUCUGCCUUUAUUUAUACGAUUGCUGCUCUCUGACUGACCGUUCAUGUAUUUGUAUCGUGGUUUGCUUAUAAAGCUGCUUGAUGUCUUUUAA